AUGCUCGCUAUCCCCGCGCUGACGACCAGAGCCAAGACUGCUAAAAAAGGCAUUGGAGUGUACACAAGCUCGUCUGCAGGCGGGCCACACGCCACGCCCUCUCUCAAAGGCGGCACGACACAGUGCAUCCUCUCCCAACCCGGCUUUCCACAGCCCACCCCAGCGCCGACGUCCCCCGCCCACCGCCUCGGGCCCGUGCCAGGCGCAGGCAUCGGCAUGUAUGCGACCCGCGCGAUCGCAGCGGGGGAGCUCAUUGUCUCCGAGCGCCUGCUCCUCGUCGCCUCGGGCGCCUACCAUUCCCAGCUCCAGCGCAAUGACACGAUCGCCGAGGCGCUUGCGCACAUGUCGCAAGACGACCGCGUGGCAUACAUCGCGCUGUCCAACGCGUACGAUGCGGCCGUGCCGCAGCUCUUUGCGAUUUGGCAGACGAAUAACUUUGAUAUGACCCAACAUCUGCACAUUCUAACCUGA